AUGCCAGUGUUGAGGCUGGCGAAAUGUCCCCUCGCUACCAUUCAGGACUCUUCUCUGCCCAACAGUUUUUUUCCCUCAAAAGAGACACUUCUCCUCAACGCACCACUUGAAUAUGCCGCCUCAAUCCCUACGACCAGCUUCACACAAGCCCGAUCAAACAUAGCAUACCGACAGGAACCCAACCGUACGAUGGCUCACCUGAUACCCCCUCUUUCUAUUAGUAGAGGAGUCCUAAGCCCAAAAGUGACUUCUAAGGUGUCUCUAAAUAAGUCCGCUGACGCUUCGAAAGGAUCUACCUGCGCCAUAUGUUAUGAGCCUUUCGAGACCUGCGAUGUACAGCCCACUCCUCCUGGUGCCCAUGCGCUCUUCUUGACGCGAUGCCGUCAUGUCUUUGGCCGAUCUUGUCUGUCUACUUGGAUUCAAUCAGGGCAGCAGAAUUCCAACAAGUGUCCCUAUUGCAGGGCAGAGCUUUCCCCCAAGAUGUUCACUUCACUUGGGGAUCGUCUCAAUCUGACCUGGCUUGAGGACCACCGAAAUAAUGAGGAUGUCGCCUGGCAGGGGUACCACGACGAGCUCAACCGAAGUUCGUCUGAGCACUCUCGAAGUUCUUCACGUGGGCAUCGUGAACAUCACAACUGGGUGGAGGAUGCUUAUGGGUAUGGUGAUGACCCCGGCUGGUAUGACUACUAUUGGCCGCUUUAUUCUGACGCACUCGACUCCACUUUCCUGCCCCCGACGAUUUCCGAACGCUCAACGCCACACCACAAUGUUGUCCCUUCACUCUCAGCUGGAGCGCAAACAGGUUCCACAUCGCCUGCAUGGGAGGCUGAUCUCGCUAAUGGACUAUCUGCAUCAUCGUUUGAAUUCGGCUUCAACGCGUUCCCGAGAGCGAUUCAACAUCUACUAAGUCCAGCAAUGAUUGACGCGAAUGUUGCUUACAGGCAACGUGUGGUGGAUCAGCUAUUGCGGGACCAUGAGCGGAUGAUCUGGGGGACCGAGCAAGUCAAUAACUCAAUCUGA